AAGUUUGAUAGAAGCUUUGGCAGUUAUUACUUUAUUUUUUUAAAUUUAUAAUGAUACACAUAUCAAAAUCAAUUUACAUAUCAUGUUGAAAUUUUGCAGGCGAUUAAAGUAAAAAAAACAACAACAAAAACCACAGUUGAUUCGUUUAGAAGAGCCUAUAUAAAGGGACAUAUCCCUGGGUUUAGAGCAUGACCAGUUCACUUACCAUACAGACGGGAAACAUGGAUAAACUUCUCAUCUUUCUGUGCAUAGUUGGCUGUCUAGCCACAGUCUUAGGAACUCCACAAUAUGGCAUGCCGUAUGACGAUGAUUAUUCAGGCGGUGGGGGCGGAGCAAUGAUGCCAGGAAUGAUGCCCGGGAUGGGUAGUGGUUACCCAAUGCCGAUAACGCUGCAGGAAUUGGAAUGGGAGGGGGCAUGGAUAGCAUGUAUGGGAGCGGGGGCGGGGGCGGUGGCGGUAGCGAGUACGGUGGUUAUGGCUACUCGGGAUAUGGAGGGUUUGGUCGACCUAGGUACUGUAAAUGCAGGAAACAUUGUCGUCGCUAUGAACGAUAUAUGGGAAAAUGCUGCAGAACAGCAUGGAGAUGUCGUAUUAGGUGUUGUAGAUAUUAAGAGGGUAUAACAACAUCUGGAGUACAUGACGUCCGAACAGCUUGAAUUGUUUAUUAUUUAUAUAUAUUCUUAUUGUUAACAUUGCUUUAUCGCAUUAAAAUACUGCAGUACA